AUGGGCAUUCAGUAUUCAUGCAGAGGCUGGGAUGGCCUUUUCAAUAAAUGUGGCAAGAAUUUGAACUCACUUGUCACACUGAAGCUAUCCCUGUAUCAUAAAGCAUUUGAUCCGUCACCGCCGGAAAUGCGAGCACCUCAUCACCAAGCUUGUGCAUCAGCAUGA